CCCGGCUUGAACAAAUACCCUUUUCCUGCGUAUUAGUUUGAACGUAUAUAAACACUCACAAUCCAAACACCACUACCAUUCCUUCGUUUACCUUGCUAGGGAAUGGCGACAUCAACUAAGUCGUUGGCAUUUUCUGCCCAGUACGUUGCUGCCGUGCAUAUCAUUUGUUCGCUAGCAGCAUUCCUUGUUCCGCUGGGUUUAACUCUGUAUUAUCAUUAUCAUGAGGUUGUUAAAAAUGAGUUCUUUUCGUAUCCAGAUGAAUGGUUUCCCUCUGUUUCAGCGACCAUCGGUGAUUGGUAUCCCGAGCGUGCUGCAUUUCAAUAUUUAAUUGCUCUGGCAGCAACUCCUCGUAUGCUUGUCCUCAUGUUAUGGUUUUCUCUCAGUGGCUCAAAGAAGCCUUCUGUCGUUAUUACCACUAUCAUCGGUGUACUUAGAACUGCACUUUGUGGUGGAUGGGUCUAUGUCACUUCUACAGAUGAUCAUGAUAUGCAUGAUGUUUUCAUGAUUGCUUACUUACUUAUGAAUGCUCCUUGGUUCAUUAUGACUUCCAAGUACUCUCCACCAAACGCUAGUGCUUCUCGCGUUCGAAAAUGUGGUUCUUUCUUGUUCGUCGGUACUGUUUUUCCACUUAUUUAUUGGUAUAUCCAACAUAAAUUCAAGCGAAUUCCCGGCGCCUACACGAUUUACGCAUUUUUUGAAUGGUCUCUUAUCUUUUGGGAUGUCUUAUUUGAUUCUGCACUUUACUUUGACUUUCAACCUAUGCGUCUCAAUUUCCAUGUUGCAGACAGCCCCAUCAAGUCUGUAUCUUCAGGUGUCGUCCCCAAAUCACAUGAAGAUGACAAAAAAUACACAUAUGCAAAGGCUGCUUCUUCAAGUUUGAAGAAAAAAACUGAAUAUGAGCCUGUUUGCUCCAAGUCACACAUCCUAUCGAGCUUUAUCCAAUUCUCUUCCGAAACUUAUUUAGCUUACAUUUUCUGGAGCGUAAUAACUUCAUUAGGACUUUUAAUUUGGUAUUUCCCACUUUGGCAUAUGGGUAUUUCUGGUUAUGAGGCCUCUAUUCUAGUUCAGUUAUCCCCAUUUCUGUUAGCGAUCCCUUUUCUAAGACAGCUCACUUUUAGGGCUCCUUUUAUUCCUUUAUCACUGACUUUGACAGGUGUUGCUGCAUACUUAGUAACUGAUCCUGUCUACAGGCUUUUUACUGUCGCGUUUGCCGUUUUUAAUGGCUGUCUUGGAUGGUCGUCUGUCUUUUCAAAAAGUAAGGAUUCCCCCGUUUUAUUAGAGCGACGAAUUACUACCUUUUUGCUUGGUUUAAUUGCAUCUUCUGUUGCCAAAUAUUCAUUUUUCUCAAAUAACCCAAUUUGGCCUAUUCUUAACGAACGCAAUGGUGGAAAGCAACCACUUGCUCUCGGUUUAGGAGUUUUGGCAACUCUUGGCUUCGCGUUGUGCUCUUCUGGUUCUAAGCUUCCUGAAGCUUCUCCCCCGGAAACCAGUAAGGAUUCAUCAGCUUUUGCGUCUAUAUUCGGUUUAGGCUCUACUCUUUUUGGCUUGCACACUCUACUCUGUGACUCUACCAUCCUCAUCUCUUGGGCCUGGGAUGGAUAUCCCAUUAGAGGUCCUCAGCCUUAUCCCCAUGGUGCUAUAUCCAUAAUCGUUGCUUUACUAGCUAUUAUCAUGGCACCUCGUUUGUACAGAUCAUUUUCAUUUAUGCUUUUCGGAUUUGUAGCUUCCUGCUAUGGAUCAUACGUCUUUUACUUGAAACAUGGUUGGGAGAGUUACCUUGGUGGUCUUGUACUUUCUUCAUACGUGUUGAUUUCAGCCUUUCCUUCAAUCCGGUUUGCAGUAGCUUCCAGUCCAUCUAAAGUUUUUGGUGGUGCUUUCUUAGUAUAUAGUUUGUAUGCCUUUGCACAUGUUUGGGUGGUAGCAUAUGAAUUUGUUCCUGGUGGCUCUGUCCUUCGCGAGAAGACCUCAUAUCUGUUAAUUGCUCUUGCAGUCGGACUUUUCUGUCCAUUACUAGGGUACAGCAGCUUUAGCUCGAAAAAACGGUCUACAGGAGUAAAAGCAAACACAGAAGAGACUCAUGCUAUCAAGCGUGGAUUUAAGAAAUCCAUUAUAAUAGCAACAUAUUUGGCGUUCAUGGCAUUAAAGUAUGCUAACAUGUAUAAACCACCUUAUGACUACACACCUUACCAUCCAGACGAAAAGAUAUUUACUGCGGGUAUCUGGACAAUUCAUUUUGGGUUAGAUGAUUAUAUGUGGGGAGCUGAGAACCGAAUCCGGGAUGUUGUACGUGACAUGGAGUUGGACGUUUUUGGGCUUCUCGAAUCCGACACCCAACGUUUGAUUAUGGGGUUCCGUGAUUUAACACAAUUUUUGUCCCAUGAUUUGGGCAUGUAUGCCGACUAUGGUCCAGGCCCUGAUAAACAUACUUGGGGUGCAACAUUGUUUUCCAAAUUCCCUAUUGUCAACUCGACCCACCAUCUACUUCCAUCUCCCUACGGUGAGCUUGCACCGGCUAUUCACGCAACUUUAGAUGUUUAUGGAGAACUGGUUGAUGUGGUUGUUUCCCACAAUGGACAAUACGAAAACGCAUUGGACCGUCACUUGCAAAGUACAGAGCUGUCAAGAAUUAUGAAAGAAAGCACCAGACCUUUGGUGUUCUUGGGUUAUGUAGUUUCUCAUGUUGGUGAAGAGCCUCAGACCAUCCUGACUCGUGGUAAUGGAAUGCUUGACAUUGAGCCCGCUGACUUUGAUCGUUGGUGCCAGUAUAUUUUAUAUAGAGGUGUCAAACGCAUUGGAUACGCUCGACUCCAUCGCUCAACAGUUACAGAUACCGAACUACAAACCGGAAAAUUCCAAGUUGCUUCUGAUCUAGGAGCGAAUGUUCGAAUUGCCGCUGAAAAGAUUCCCGAAUCGCAUCGUUAUCCUACGAAGUUUGAAGGUAAGGGAAUCAAUGGACAUUACUACGAUAACAAUAACGUAAUUCAUGAACCGUGGUAUUACGACUAGCUUCACGAAAACAACCCUCACAGUUUUUAGAUAUUAUGGUUAUCAAGGAUUGUUCUCCUUCGUUAAGACUUAGAACAACAUUCUUGACAGAUUUGAAAAUAAUGAGCUUUUGUCUGCAUGGACUUAUUUUCUAACUAGCAUAUAUAGCAUGAUUAAGUGUUGCUUUCUUAUAAUAAAUAGUUACAAUAUGAAUAAGAAAUGGCAGAAUAAAGGUAAACGAACAAUCGACAUAUAAAAGGCAUCAAAAAAAAAUAAAAAAUAGGAAGAAGAAGAUAA